CAAAUAAAAGAAGAAGAAGCUCUGCUGUGUCGGCCAUUGGUUGUUUCAGCUACGUGCCCUUUGAAUCUGAAUGGGAUGCGAGUUACGUAGCUGACUCGCUAGGAGGUGGCUAGCUAAGUACUUACCUCGUUAUAAUAUAUUUAAGCAACUGAAUGACGACACGUGGAAUUGCAUAUUUUUUGACUGAUGACAUGCUAUUUAAAGUCUAACCAACAUCGCCAUUACCUUGUAAUACACAUCUGUCUGAACGAGGCAGGAAUCAGUCUGAUGAGGGGUCACCUACAGCUGGCAGGAUGCAAGAGAAAAGGAACAUCCAGAUCAUCGAGUGGGAGGACCUUGACAAAAGGAAGUUCUACUCUUUCGGGGUGUUCAUGACGAUGACCAUCCGGGCCACCGUCUACCCGGCCACACUCAUUCGCACUCGGCUGCAGGUGCAGAGGGGCAAGUCACUCUACAGCGGCACUUUUGACGCCUUCUUCAAGAUUCUGGGGACAGAGGGCGUUCGAGGCCUUUAUCGCGGCUUUAUGGUCAACACCUUCACACUCAUCUCAGGCCAGGCUUACAUAACCACCUAUGAGCUGGUGAGGAAGUAUGUCUCCCAGUAUUCUGAGGACAAUACGGUCAAGUCACUGGUGGCGGGCGGCUUCGCCUCCCUGGUUGCUCAGAGCAUCACUGUUCCUAUAGAUGUUAUCUCUCAGCAGCUAAUGAUGCAGGGCCAAGGGGAGCACCUCACCCGCUUUAGACUCAACUUUAACACAGAGACUGGAAAGCCCAAAAAAGUGUUCGGCCAAACCAGAAACAUCAUGGGUCAGAUUUUUGCGGCUGAUGGAUUCAGGGGCUUCUACAGGGGAUAUGUGGCUUCUUUACUCACAUAUAUCCCAAACAGUGCUGUCUGGUGGCCUUUUUAUCAUUUUUAUGCUGAGCAACUUUCUCAACUGGCUCCCAGUGACUGCCCUCAUCUAAUUCUACAAGCCAUGGCUGGACCUCUGGCUGCCGCUACUGCCUCAACUGUCACCAACCCAAUGGAUGUGGUCAGAGCCAGAGUGCAGGUUGAAGGGAGGUCUUCAGUCAUCGAGACGUUCAGGCAGCUAAUCAAAGAGGAGGGCUGCUGGGGAUUGACCAAAGGACUGUCGGCACGCAUCAUCUCAUCCACACCCACUGCCCUUGUCAUGGUGGUCGGCUACGAGACGCUAAAAAAACUGAGUUUGCGGCCGGAGCUGGUGGACUCGAGACACUGGUAGAAGAAACCUGGACAGACGAUACACGGACCAUGUGCCAUUUUUCCUAAGUUAGACUUCCUGGGAAAACACUGGAUGAAAGAAAAGUUAGUUUUCAAUAACAAUGUGGGGAACAAAAUUGUAUCAAGCCACUUCAAAACACGCAUUGCCUGUGUAUAAGACCAUGAACAUGUGUCCAUACCAACAAAUUAGUAUCAGGUUUACAGUUUACAUCGCUGCUUUCAUUCACUUUAGAUGAGACGGAGCGGCCAUUCGCUGCAGGAGAAAGAAAGAGAAAAGGGACUGUGCUUAAACUUGAUCAAGGAAACAGUCAGCUGUGGCACAAACUCCUGGGCAGUUAAGUUAUUGUGUUCCUUAUUUUUACCCUCAUAGUUUUUUUAAAACUUUCUUGUUGCCCCGAUAGAGGCAGUGAGGUUUACUGUACAGGGUUUCUCACACCGCCUCAACACGGACUGCCCAGUCUGAUACCUAUUACAUGAUUGGCCACCGCAGGAGGACAGCGGGUUGCGUUUCUCCAUAAAUUGAAUCUUACUCAACUUUGCACCACAGGCCGCUGAGAUUUGUUUUGGCUCCUCCCUGCGGCCCCUACCGCUGCAGCAUGAAUGGAAAGACCUGGGUUUUUCGCCAGACUGCCUGACAACCGUGUGAACGCAGCCUAACAGGGUUGGCAUUUAUUUUAUUUUUGUUUUUUUACACAAGUUAAAGUGUUGACUAAAAUGUUUAAACACUGGAAGAUACGGACCUUGCAAUGACUCAUUUUACACGCUCUACAAACAUGUUCCAGCAUCUUUGCAGUGGAGAAAAGUGGAAUUGAUUGCUUGCCACAUGGUU